AUGUCUGCAUCUCUCAAAGUCUCCAAUAGCUCCAAAUCCCAGGUCUCUGAAUUCAUCCUGCUGGGACUCCCCGGCAUUCACAGCUGGCAACACUGGCUAUCCUUGCCUCUGGCACUACUCUAUCUCUCAGCAAUCGGGGCAAAUAUCCUCAUCCUCAUCACCAUCUGCCAGGACCCUUCUCUGCAGCAGCCCAUGUACCUUUUCCUAGGCAUCCUCUCUGUGGUGGACAUGGGCCUGGCCACCACCAUCAUGCCAAAGAUCCUGGCCAUCUUCUGGUUUGACGCCAAGGUCAUCAGCCUCCCUGAGUGCUUUGCUCAGAUUUAUGCCAUUCACUGCUUUGUUGGCAUGGAGUCUGGUAUCUUCCUCUGCAUGGCUUUUGACAGAUACAUGGCUAUUUGUCACCCUCUUCGCUACCCAUCAAUUGUCACGAAUUCCUUAAUCUUAAAAGCUACUCUGUUCAUGGUGCUCAGAAACGGCUUGUUUGUCAUUCCAGUGCCUGUACUUGCUGCUCAACGUAAUUAUUGCUCCAGGAAUGAAAUUGAGCAUUGUCUGUGCUCUAACCUUGGGGUCACAAGCCUGGCUUGUGAUGACAGGAGGCCAAACAGCAUUUGCCAGUUGGUUCUGGCAUGGCUUGGAAUGGGGAGUGAUCUGAGUCUUAUUAUACUGUCAUAUACUUUGAUUCUGCGGUCUGUGCUUAGACUGAACUCGGCUGAAGCUGCAUCUAAGGCUCUGAGCACUUGUAGCUCCCAUCUCAUCCUCAUCCUCUUCUUCUACACUGUUGUUGUAGUGAUUUCAGUAACCCACCUGGCAGAGAUGAAAGCUACUUUGAUUCCAGUUCUACUGAAUGUGCUGCACAACAUCAUCCCUCCUUCCCUAAACCCUAUAGUUUAUGCAUUUAGGACCAGAGAACUUAAGGCAGGCUUUCAAAAAGUGCUUUGUUUGGGUUUACAAAAGAAAUAA